CCGCCCAUUAAACGUUUAACUCCGCCCACGUUGAGGCACGCCCCGGUCUGCAGGCUGCAGCCAGGGGUAGUUGGAGCCAUCUGGCGUCCUGUAGUAAAACAAGAGGCUCCGCCCCUUUGCUUACAUUCUCCAAUGUGCCAUAGCAACCGGGGCCGAGCCCCCUGUUCCCGCGUAACGUUCCCGUCCUUAUAAGGCCAGUAGAAUACGGACGCACGCCUACGUCAUGCGUCGUUUAUGUAAAUAGUUUGAUUGAAGAAAAAAAAAAAAAGAAAAAAAAGGCCCCUCUGCUUCACUCUGAAAUGGAGGUGUGGAUUUGACGCAUGCGCACUAGCUCCACAACUAUCCAGUCCCGUCCUCAAGCGCAGACAUCAACAAGAGAGCGGGUUACUGAUGCGGGUUCGCUUUCUUAAUAGUCGAAUCGUUACGACGUGCGACGAAGACGAUUGUUUUCCUCCAGAUUCACAAAACCGCGAAGAUGUUCGGCUUUCACAAGCCCAAAAUGUACAGGAGUUUGGAUGGCUGCUGCAUCUGCCGGGCGAAGUCGUCCAGCUCUCGUUUCACAGACAGCAAGCGGUACGAGAAAGACUUCCGGAGCUGUUUUGGGUUGAGCGAAACAAGAUCUGGAGAAAUCUGUAACGCCUGUGUGCUCCUUGUGAAACGCUGGAAAAAACUCCCUGUUGGAACCAAGAAAAACUGGAACCACGUUGUUGAUGCCAGAGGAGGCCCAAGCCUAAAGAUAACCUCCAGACCCAAAAAAAUAAAGUCCAUCUCCAAGAAAGUGCGGCCAAGUCAGAUCAGCCGGCUGCAGAAGGAGCUGAAAAGAAGCAAUUCGGAUGCCCACAGCACAACCUCCAGUGCUUCUCCUGCUCAGUCUCCAAGCUACAGUAACCUGUCGGAUGACGGUUCUGACACUGAACUGAGCCCAGGAUCCAGCCGCUCCCCUGUUUUCUCAUUUCUGGACCUGACCUAUUGGAAGAGGCAGAAGGUGUGCUGUGGAAUCAUCUACAAGGGCCGUUUCGGGGAGGUGCUCAUCGACCCCCACCUGUUCAAACCCUGCUGCCGCAACAAACAGCGGCAGAAGACACAGCAACAGGAGGAGGAAGAAGAGGAGGAGGAGGAAGAGGAGGAGGAGGUGGAGGUGGAGGAGGGCCAAGUGGGGGUGGAAAAAUCUCAGACGGAGGAGGAAGUGAAGGAGACUCCUACGUGUGAGGAAAAUGCUGAGCUCUGCAUCCCAGCCGCUGCACCCCAGGCCAGAGGCGGGGAGGUGGUGGUGGAGGAAUGCUGGUGAAGUCGUUGGACAUCUCUGAAGACGUUGUUGGCUGCUCUGCUUUUCUUUUCAUUGUUUUUUAUUAUUAUUAUUAUUAUUUUUUGAGGACUUACAAAUGGAAGUUACCUCAGAUUGCCUUCAUUCACAAAGCAGCUAAAAUCCUCGGAUCUUCUCUGUGAUUCCGGUGGAGGAUUGUCGAUUAUGUUUAAACGUUAACUUAUAAACGGUUGUGUUUCUCUUUUUCUGUAUUUAAUCGUUUUCCCGUCCCGACGGUGGACCAUCAUCCGUGGUGUUACCGAGUUAAAUGCUGGAGCUCUGGUUUGCUGUUACAUUCAACCGUUCCAAAACGCAAUACAUCCACUUCCUGUCAGAAAACGGUGCUACUUGAAAUUCAUUUCAAAGUUGCAGCUGAACCCCACUGUGCAAGCAAACAUUUUAAGUUGACUAAAGAGUGCAUUAUUGCCUUUUUUUAAUUAUUAUUAUUUAUUAGUGAUGGAUAACGCGUUUUGGAAUGACUGACAGCUGACGUUAGCAGAGCAUAGACCUGUACAGUUGUUUUUUUUUCUUUCACGGUGACGUCCACUCUUAUCAAAGGGACUGUGUUUGUAGACUGGAUUAGACAAAUACUUUUGUGGGUCCCAUUUCAGUAAGGCCUAUUCACAGCUUCAACAGCAAAUACACCAGCCUUAAUUGUGUGUCACAGGCAGUGCUAGUGUUAAUUCUGGAUUGGUUUGAAAAAAAAGAGGGUACAUGAGCGAAAUUUACAGUGGCCUCAGCAACACACAUGUGCAUUUUACAUAAAGCCCACUCAUCCCAAAAGACCUGAAUGGAACCGAUGCAUGAGUCUUCAAAAAAAAAAAAAACAGAUUGCAUGGCCUUAUAGAAACUGUAAAUCCUACUUUUAUUUUUUGGGAUCAAUUUUCUCGGAAGUUUUAACUUAUUUUUGUACUUAAAAGAAAAAAAAAUGGAAAAAUAAAAGUGUCUUUGCAUAACAAUACCACACAAUACAACAGAGAAACACAAAAAUCAGUCUAUAGUCAUUCAGCAAUACCAAUAUCAGUAAUCUCGUCACUUCUGGUCUUUCUCUGGUAAAAGUCUUUAUACAAACUGAAAUUCUAUGCUAUUGCCUCGAAUACUCAAGGAAGGCAUUGUGAUGUAUAGCCUAAUAUUACUUUAUUUAUCAAAUGGAAGCCAAAGCACAUUGAAAUUCACCCAAUGUCAAAUCAAUGCAGGUUUUCUAUGGAUACUUGUGCUUGUUGGGGUCAUUUGUAUGUAUGUUUAUGAUAUUCUAAAAAGAACACUAAUAUGAUAUUUCAUAAAUGUGAUGUUGUAGUUUGGAGCUGUGGGUGUUUCUGUACAUAAAGGGUUGGUUGAGCCUCACGGCUCUCAUACAGAUUCUGUUAUUUAUUUAUUUCAUAUUUAUUUGCAUCCCAGCUUAGAAGUGAUUUUUUUGUCUCUUUCUUAUUGGUAGUAUUGUUUAAGUCAUCAUUUAAAAAAAACAAAACAAAAACGAAUGUAAUUCUCAUGCAGACUUCCGUCAAACUGCGUGGAACUGAAUUACCGUUUGUCGAUAUUUGUGAAAUAUUAAGUAUUUGUUCACUCUGCGGUUGGGCUGCGUGCCACACAACUUCUUCUGUUUGAUCCCUUUGCAUUCAUGUAGACUAUAAUGGCUGAUAGUUUGCAAAAAAACUGUAUUCCCCUUUGUACCUUGUAGCUUACAAUUGUUACAGAGUAUUAGGAUAACAUAGGAAACUUUACUCUAGACUUGCAUGUAUUGUUGCUAUGCAUUUCCUUAGCUUACAAGUUAGGCAAAGCUUUUUUGUAAUUUUUAUACAUCAUGUACUUUUUUACUUGUCUCUUAAUAAAAGUAAUCUUGUGCUUUUUCCGCAAGUACCUA